AUGGAGAAAUCGUCGGCGAUGGAGGCUUUUGAGAAGCUGGAGAAAGUGGGAGAAGGAACGUAUGGAAAGGUGUACAGGGCAAGAGAGAGGGCAACGGGGAAGAUCGUGGCCUUGAAGAAGACGAGACUCCCCGAGGACGACGAAGGAGUCCCCCCCACCACUCUCCGCGAGAUCUCUCUUCUGAGAAUGCUUUCCAGGGAUCCCCAUAUCGUCAGAUUGAUUGAUGUCAAACAAGGCCAAAACAAAGAAGGGAAGACGAUUCUUUACCUAGUGUUUGAGUACAUGGACACUGACUUGAAGAAAUUCAUCAGAACCUUCCGUCAAGCUGGAGAGUACAUCCCCGCCAAAACUGUCAAGAGUUUGAUGUACCAACUGUGCAAAGGCGUUGCUUUCUGCCAUGGCCAUGGUGUGUUGCACAGGGACCUGAAGCCUCACAACCUUCUGAUGGACCGAAAGACAACGAUGCUCAAAAUAGCAGAUCUUGGAUUGGCUCGAGCAUUUACUCUACCAAUCAAGAAGUACACUCAUGAGAUAUUAACGCUGUGGUAUAGAGCCCCUGAGGUUCUUUUGGGAGCCACACAUUACUCAACAGCAGUAGACAUGUGGUCUGUUGGCUGCAUAUUCGCUGAACUAAUCACCAAGCAAGCACUCUUUCCCGGAGAUUCUGAACUGCAGCAGCUCCUGCACAUUUUCAGAUUGCUGGGGACGCCAAAUGAGGAAAUGUGGCCAGGGGUAAGCAAGCUCAUGAACUGGCAUGAGUAUCCCCAGUGGAAGCCUCAAAAAUUGUCGUCUGCUGUCCCAAAUUUGGAUGAGGAUGGCCUAGAUCUGCUAUAUAAGAUGCUGGUGUAUGAACCCUCAAAGAGAAUUUCCGCAAAGAAAGCCAUGGAACACCCUUACUUUGAUGAUCUUGACAAGAAGGGUCUCUGAGAGGAACUGGGAGAACUCGGAGCAUUUUAUUGUUUUAGGAAUAUGGCUGUGACAGAGGGUUAUGAUGUAGUCAAAGAUGCAGUUUGCUUCCCUCGAGCAUUUUUAAAAUCUUCCAUGUCUAACAUGUUUAACUCUGAAUUGCUAAACCCCUAGCAUCUUUAAUUUCAAUUUGUUAUGGUUAUGGCUUGCGGCAACGCAACUAUUUGUUCUGCUCUGUUGCAUGCACAAUUGCAGGCGAUUCACUUGCUGUC